AUGGCCAUGAUACCUUCUCAGUCUGGCAAGGGGCUGGGAGGGGCUUUCGAGCACUCGUUCUGGGGAGAGAGUGACAAAGGCCUCGACCAAUUGAUGAGUCGCCUUAGAAGUGGAAAACAUGUUAGUGAAGAAUUGGCUUCCAUGCUCAAGGAACGGGCCAGUAUCGAAGAAGAUUAUGGUAAAAGACUGGCAAAAUUGACAAAGACGUAUUCCGCAAAGGAAGAGAUCGGAACUCUGAGAGAUUCACUGGAUGUGCUACAAAAAGAACUCGACGGCACCUCUAAAGCUCAUUUGGAGCUAGCCAACGCUAUCCGUGUUCAACUGGAGCGACCGCUGAAUGAUUUGAUAGCCGCACAAAGUACCAUUCGCAAAAAUCACACAACCAAUAUUGAAAAGCACUUAAAAAAUAAAAGUGCAUUGGCGAAUCAGUGUCAGAAGGCCAAAGAACGAUAUGAAGCUCGAUGUGUAGAACUCAACAGCUUGAGGGCUUCACAAAGCAAUGCUAAACCUGAUCAACUAGACAAGAUACGUACCAAGAUUGACAAGACACAGACAGCCAUGAACCAAGCUGAUGGAGAGUACAUCGCCGCCGUGGAAAAGACUCGUGAAGCCUUUUCAAAGUGGCAGGAUGAUUUCAGGAUUGCUUGUGUUGAAUGUCAAAAACUCGAAGUGGACAGAAUCGAAUUUCUACGAAACUCGUGCUGGAACUAUGCAAACUUGUUUUCAAAAGCAUGUGUGCAAGACGAUGAGGCGAGUGUGGUUUUUGAACAGGCGUGUGAACGUAUUCGUACAUCACUAGAAAGAUGCGAUAUCGACAAGGACAUUGUCACUGCCUUGGAAAAGUAUUCGACUGGCUCCACCAUUCCAUUGCCUCCUACAUACAUCAACUUUUACACCAACUCUUCCGAAAGACCAUCGGCUCUGCCUCUAGUCAAUCAAACUGCUGGAAACUAUGCAGCUCAAAGUCCUCGAGCCUCGGCUACAGCUGCUCCUACCUCUCGAUUUGGGUCCAAAGACAACAUGUCAUCGUCAUCCGGUGUUGUGAAAUCUUCCUCAAAGGAUGAUCUGAACUCGGCCGCUUCCAGAGACAAACUAAACGUUCUCAACGUAGCUGCAUCGAAUGCUAUGGGUAUAGCGGGUCCAGUUAGCCCUGCUCAUCAACGUCAAUAUGAACAAUCAGGCCAUCCUUCAACUUCCAAUGACAACUUUGCUACAUCUGGUCAGCAGCCUCAAGAGGGCGAGCCAGUAUUUUAUGAGUAUGAUCCAUGGGACAUCAAGGAAAACAUUCCCACUCUCUUCCAAGUUCGAGUCCUGUAUGACUAUCAGUCUCAGGCAUUUGAAGAGUUGUCUGUGACUAGAGGUCAGGUUCUUCCAGUGAUCACUACUCAGGACGACGGCUGGUAG